AUGGAAGCUAAUAUCCAGUACACAAAAGUUAUCAAGGCAAUGCAGGCAGAGAUUAACCACCUGAAGAAAGAGAAUCGAGUCCUUCAGAUGAAACUGACUUUGAGUGGUCAGAGAGCUCGGAGCUCAGGAGAAGAAUCUGGAGAUGAAUGGGAAGAGGAUGAGGCUGAACAAUGUCUAGCCACCACUCACCAUGCUGUUUCCACUGAUGGAGCGCAAGCCACGCCAGGGCACCAAGGCAAUGUAAUGAUUGUUCGAAGGUAUUUUAUUUCUUCAUCAGUUCAUUCCUUUGGUGCCAAUGAUCCCUGGAAAGCUGGGAAAAGGCAUCCGGACACCAAAGUCCUACAAGCUCCAGCAACAGUUAAACCCUUGGGAUGUUCUUCAAUCGAGAAGCAAGACAGUGAGGAAAAUGUGUUUGCAGAAGAUUCUUGUCUGAGCAAUAGUUUCAGCCAACACGCCUCUCCUGAGCAUGCCUUUGGCUGCAGAGAUCAGAUGUCUUACAAGCCAGGCGUCAGCAGAAUGUUUUCCCAGAAGCUGCAGAACAGCAUCCCCGCCUAUGCCUUGGAGGAGCUAACCCCAGUCCUCGAUUCCCGAACUCCAACCCCAGUCUUCCCCCACCUUUAA